CCUGUUCAUCUGCUCAGACAGUGGGAAUGGAUUCAGUUGGACAUUUCAACUGAAGGGACAUCAGCAAGUUUAUACUGGGGCAAGGCCAUUCACCUGUUCUGUGUGUGAGAAGGGGUUCAGUCGAUCUUCCCACCAGUGGACACACCAAUUAGUUCACACCACACCGGGCAGAGGCUGGUCAACUGCUGAAUUUCUGGGGAAGGAUUCACUCGGUCAUCUGACCUAAUGGCUCGCCAGCGAGUUCACACCGCGGAGAGUCCGUUCACCUGCUCAGACUGUGGGAAGGGAUUCACUCGGUCAUCUAACCUGAAGAAACAUCAGCGAGUUCACACUGGAGAGAGGCCAUACACCUGCUCAGAAUUUGGGAAAGGAUUCACUUCCUCAGAUAAACUGAAGAUUCAUCAGCGGGUUCACACUGGGGAGAGGCCGUUCAUCUGCUCAAACUGUGGGAAGGGAUUCACUCAGUCAUCUAAACUGAAGGAACAUCAGCGAGUUCACACUGGGGAGAAGCUGUUCAUCUGCUCAGACUGUGGGAAGGGAUUCACUCGGUCAUCCAACAUGCUGGCACACAAGUCAGUUCACACUGGGGAGAGGCCUUUCACCUGUUCAGACUGUGGGAAGGGAUUCUCUUUGUCAUCUUUGUCAUCCCAACUGAAGGGGCAUCACCGAGCUCACACUGGGGUUUGGCCAUUCAUCUGCUCAGACUGUGGGAAAGGAUUCACUCAGUUAUCAAAACUGGAGGUACAUCAGCGAGUUCACACUGGAGAGAGGCCAUUCACCUGCUCAGACUGUGGGAGGGGAUUCACUCAGUCAUCUAUUCUGAAGUUACAUCAGCGAGUUCACACUGGGGAGCGGCCGUCCACCUGCUCAGACUGUGGGAGGGGAUUCACUUGCUUAUCUAAUCUGAAAGGACAUCAGAGAGUUCACACUGGUGAGAGGCCAUUCACAUGCUCAGACUGUGGGAAGGGAUUCAUUCUGUCACACGAACUACUGGUACACAAGUCAGUUUACACUGGGGAGUGGCCGUUCACUUGCUCAGACUGUGGUAAGGGAUUCUCUCAGUUAUCCCAACUGAAGGUAUAUCAGCGAGUUCACACUGGAGAGAGGCCAUUCACCUGCUCAAACUGUGGGAAAGGAUUCACUCAGUCAUCCAAGCUGAAGGAACACCAGCGAGUUCACACCGGAGAGAGGCCGUUCACCUGCUCAGACUGUGGUAAGGGAUUCACUUGCUCAUCUGAACUGAAGGUACAUCAGCGAGUUCACACUGGGGAGAGGCCAUUCACCUGCUUAGACUGUGGGAAGGGAUUCACUCAGUCAUCGCAUCUGAAGGUACACCAGCGAGUUCACACCGGAGAGAGGCCGUUCACUUGCUCAGACUGUGGGAAGGGAUUCACUCAGUCAUCUGAACUGAAGGUACAUCAGCGAGUUCACACUGGGGAGAGGCCGUUCAGCUGCUUAGACUGUGGGAAGGGAUUCACUCAGUCAUCGCAUCUGAAGGUACAUCAGCGAGUUCACACUGGAGAGAGGCCGUUCACCUGCUCAGACUGUGGGAAGGGAUUCACUCGGUCAUCUCAAUUACAGAGACACCAGCGAGUUCACACUGAGUAGAGGCCGAUCAACUGGUCAGUCUUUGGGAAAAGUUUCUCUCAGCCAAAUCAACCAAAAUGUGCAUCUUCGAGUUCACACUGCGGAGUGGCCGUUCACCUGCGGUGAAUGUGGGAAGUGAUUCACUAAGUAAUCUCACUUUAGCUAGCAGCUUGAUAUAGCUUAAUUUGCCCCGGGCC